AUGGAACUGAAACUAACAACGUGGCGUCAACUGGUUAUAUCUGUUAAACUUAUUUGAGACAAACUAGCUUAUUUGUAUUUAGGAAGUGCUAAACUUUGAAUAACUGUCAGAUCCAGUGGAACUAAUUUUACCAAGUUGCUAAACUAUCCCCAGUGAACGAUAACAAGGACUUAGAACCGCACUACAAGGUCGAGUAGCGGGAAUAAGGAAUUCGGCUGAUUUUAAUUGUCUCUACACCAAGAUAGUGGAUACUGGGAGGAGAUCUCAGUAGUUGACGUUAUUCGAGUACGAUGUCGGGUUACCUUUCUACGCGCGAUGUGUAAAAGUGUUCGCUUCUUUCCUUGCUUGGAGUAUUAGUUGUUUGCUGUCUAUGUUCAGGAGUAAUUAUAAUGUUGAGUGUAUGCAGUCCUUAUGUCCUUACAUACUUUUUAGAACAUUUUCCAAGUGAUCUGGAGACUCCCGUCUAGCUAAUUUCUGUUUUUACCCUGGGAAUUAUAAAUCAUCGAUAGCAAUAUGUCCAAUAAUAGUGGACUGGAUAUAACAAAUUUGGAUGAUUUACGUGAUCCAUCGGGAAUUUUUUCACUGAUCGAAGUUGUGGGUAAAGGUACUUAUGGAAAUGUUUACAAGGGGCGAUACACGCGAACUGGUCAGCUAGCUGCCAUCAAGGUUAUGCCAAUUACUGAAGAGGAUGAAGAAGAAAUUAAGCUGGAAAUUGAUACAUUAAAAAAGUUAUCGAAUCAUCGAAAUAUUGCUAGUUAUUAUGGUGCAUUUAUUAAAAAAUCUUCACCUCGUGAUCAUCUUUGGCUUGCUAUGGAAUAUUGUGGUGCUGGAUCAGUUGCUGAUUUAAUAAAAAGUACUCGCACGAAAUCACUCAAAGAAGAUUGGAUUGCUUAUAUUAGUCGAGAAAUUCUCCGAGGUCUUAUGCAUUUACAUGCUAAUCGUGUGAUUCAUCGAGACAUUAAAGGUCAAAAUGUAUUGCUCACUGAUAAUGCUGAGGUGAAACUUGUCGAUUUUGGAGUAAGUGCACAAUUGGACAAAACAUUUGGUAAACGGAAUACAUUUAUUGGAACCCCGUACUGGAUGGCUCCUGAAGUGAUUCAUUGCGAACAAGACUCAAGUUGUACAUAUGAUGCUCGUUCAGAUAUCUGGUCAUUGGGUAUAACAGCUUUAGAAAUGGCUGAAGGUCGACCACCAUUAUGUGAAAUGCAUCCAAUGCGUGCACUUUUCUUAAUUAUGCGUAACUCACCACCUCGAUUAAAACAAUCACCGAACGGAUCUAGACACUGGACACCAAGAUUUCAUGAUUUUGUCAAUAAAUGUUUAACUAAGGACUUCCAUAAACGUCCGAAUACAUCAGAAUUAUUUCGACAUGAAUUCAUUACAAAUUUACCAAAUGAACGACAAAUUAGAAUUCAACUUAAAGAUCAUAUAGAUAGACAUAGACGAAAUAGGCAAACUGAAGAACAUGAAAAAAUUUAUGAAUACGAAGGAAGUGAUGAAGAGGAGGAAGAAGAAACCAGUGCAGCUGUUAAAGGGGCUGCUGCCGCUGCUUUAGCUAUGUCAGCUGCUGUUAGUGGCAAUGGUCAAUCACAUCGUCUACCUAGUCAAAUUAGUCAUCCUCCUCCUCAAUUUCGUCAACCAACAGAUAAACCUCACCAUAAUCAAGCGCUUCGAACUAGUGGAGUUCCUGAUCAAAACGAAGUAGCUUCGUUUGUUUCAAAACCAUCUGUAUCUGGAUUAAACUAUAGACACCAUGGACAUAUGAUACAAGGUGGGAAUAUUGCAAAUGAUAAUGUACCAGCGAAUGCUCGAUUUAUCUCACGAAAUCCUAUGUCAGUGCUUAAUAAGUUACCUGCUGUUACCCCACAAUCAAUGAUGCCGCAUAAUAGUCGGUUGCCAAGGUUAGAUGAAGGUGAAUCAGCAACUGUCAAUGCUAAAGAACCAGGUGAAAAUACACUUCGUCAAAAUUUUGCUCGUUUACAGGAACGUGAACACCAUCCAUCUGUAGGUGUUGCCCCUCAACGAUCUGUCAAUGGACGCCCACAAUCAUCUAGCCAUCACUUUCCUCAACAUUCACGACCUUUGAAUAGUAGUCGUGGGCCACCAGCAUAUAAUCAGUCACAACAGCAAAUGCAUUCGAAUCAACCGAAACUGGGUGUCCUAGCUGCCGGGAGUCGUCUAGCUGACGCGAGUGGUUCAUCAUCUUACGCUGCUACUAAUACUACAGCCUCAGACACACCUACAGAUAGCCAAUCUGUAACUAACAAUGAGAUUGUGUCCACGUCAUCCUCAGUUAAUAAUUCGGUCACUACACCCUUAUCAGUCAUUGGUGCAGUUGGUGAUAGUGGGCAACUUUCGCAUCAUUUUCCCCUACAACAUCAUAGAGCAUCUGUGCCGAAUCCUCCCAAUUCUUUUCAUCCGACUGUUGUUACUUCUUGUUCCUCCUCCUCAUCAUCAUCAUCGAUAUUUUCAAAUGAUCAUUUGGGCAAUUUACUUAUUUCGCCAUUUCGUGCAAAACUUGCCAAUCCUGGUCCACCACCCAUUCCACUUCAUCAGCAGGUUCGUAUUAGUAAUAGUGGAUUGAAUGGGGGAUUACAUAAUGCAUCAGGAGUACAAUAUCAAACUGAUGAAGUGAAUGGUUCAUCUAGUAUAGUUGGCAUGGGUAACCCUGCUAGUUCUCGUCUCCAGCACAUUGUCGCACCUAAAUUUCCAUCGACCCGUCCAAUGAGUCAGGCUAUACCACAUUUGGAUCUUCGUAAACCACCAUUAGAAUCAGCUUUACCCCAAUCGAUCAUCACAUCAACCAGUCCAGUUGUUAACCAAUCCAAGUUAUCGGUAAACGCAAGUAUAUCGAGUCCUGUUAAUCGGUCUAGUGGAGCUGCGAUGGCUUUUGCUGUAACUACUAGUACUACCACCACCACAACUACGACAACAUCAGUGCCGACUAGUACAACCACUGUGACAACGGUGACGACAACAACAAGUGAAGUUUUUAAUUCUAACUUUACUCGUCAAUCAGCAACAUCAAAUUUACUAUCUGGAUUCAACAAUCGAUCUCCAGCACACCAAAUAUCCUUAGUUGGUGAAAAUGUUUCAACUAAGAAUAUCACUACAACAGUUGCAAAUAACAGUACAUGUAUAAAUAAUAGUUAUAAAGUGCAUUCAAAUCAACCUGAACUUCGUACACGUGCAAGUAAACAAUUGUCUAAUCGUCAAAAUUCAGGUGUUGUUCCUCAAAAACUACAUCAUCCUCAUCAUUUACAUCAGCAAAACAAUCCAAAUCAUAUAAUUAAAAAAUCUGAGGAACUUGAUCAAUUAGCUGCACAACUGACCAAUUUAGGCGCUGUUUCACCUAGCCCACAUCGACAAAAUAAUCGAGGUCAUUUGAAUGGCAAAUCAGACAUAAAAUCAAAUGAUAAACAAUCAUCAUCAUCAUCACAACAACAAAAAUCUUAUGAAAAUAAUAAUGUAAAAUCAUCAGCAUCUAAUGAAUUAGUUACAUCAAUAGAACCAGUAUGUGCGGUUGAAAAACUGAAUCGAUCCAGUUCACUUUCUUCAACAUCGUCAUCAUCUUCUUCUUCGUCAUCUACAACUAAUUCUUCUUCUGUAUCAUCCGAAUUUCAUGGUAACGAGGGUUCACCAGUAUAUGUGGAAAAUAAGCAUUCAACAAGCUACUCAUCUACAAUGAGUAGAUCUCAUUCUGUUGGUUCAAAUCAUGAAUAUCACACCUCAAGCACUUGUUCUUCAUCCUCUGCUUCUACUAUUUCUUCAUGUGAUUCCAAUCAACGUAAAAAUCAUGAAAAUGCAUGUCGAGUUAUAUUGAAUGGAAAACGACAUUCGGAAAUAGAUCCUCGUCGACUUACUGUUGUCGAGAACGUUCGUGUGUUGAAUAAUAAUGACAACAAAAUGGACCGUAAUGCUAAUAUGGAUUCUAAUGAGCUUGAUGACUUAGGUAGAAUACAAAAAGAUCCAGUACAAUUCAUCGCUUCUAAUGAUAACCAGCUUGAUGACUUUAACUAUGGAGCUUACAACAUACAAAACGAUGAUGAAGAUGACGAGGACAUUGAAGGUGGAGGAGAGGAAGAGGAGGAUGAAGAUGAAGGUGAUGUCAUCGUUGUUGAAGAAGAAGAAGAGAAUGGUGCUGAUCUAGAAGAGGCUGAACAGUUGAGGGCUACUUUAUCUAUUGUUCGUACACGUCAGAGAACAUCAUUUGAUGAAUCGAUAAGAAAUGUUGAUGGUGAUGUUGGUAGUGCUGUCAUAAAUGAAUCCUCAUGCUAUGUAGAUGAUGGAACGUUGUCCAAUGAGGCAGUAAGGUGGCAUAAAGAAGGGACCUUACCAUCAGACGAAUUUGCCAAGGAAACUUUAUGCAGUUUAGCAUCGAUUAUUGAGUCUACAUCUGGGACAAUUAGCCGAUCUGGAUCUAAUGUUAGUCCGCCAACUGGGAGUAAUAUCGUUAAAUUCACUGUUUCAAAUGGUUAUCCAAAUACAACUGAACUGUCUUCAUGUUCAGAUAAGGUGAAAGUUACAAGUUCAUCUCAAAAUGUUUCACAUAUUGGUGUCCCACAUUCAUCGUCAUCAAAGUUAAUUACAAAUGAGAAAGAAGGAUGUACAAAAACACAAGAAACUCGAUCACCUUCACCGCCACAUUUUCCAGACGCUACUUCUGCUGCUCUGGGCGGUUUGCAUAACAAGCCAUCAUAUCAACAAACUGAUAUAUGUACAAAUAUACCAACCAACCAACAUUCAUUAGGACAAUCCAACUUAGCUCAAAAGACUAGUCCACAAAUCUCUCCUCAGUCUGUAGUUAUUAUAGACUCAAAUAAAGCACUUCCUAGUUCAGUUUGGUCAGUUCAGACAAACAAUAAUCUUGGCUCUCGAGUUUCAGAACCAAGUCCGCGUGGAGGCCAAAAGUCGAAAACCCAGUUGGAUAUCCAACAUUCACAAUCAGGCUUUAAUCCUUCAUCAUCUAGCAACAGUAGUGGUUUAAUCAAAUCAAUCGCUUUGCCCAAUUCACUAUGUGGUAAUUUAUUGAAUUUUAAUAUACCAUCAAUUAAUACAACAACAAGCACAGUUAUUACUACUGGUUCAUAUUUAUUACCUACAAGUAUUAGCAGUGGUGCUGGUUGUAUAUCAACUGCUUCAAAUAAUAUUUCAACAGCCAAUUCUAGUUUGAACAACAGUGAUACACCGGAAAUACAAGUUUAUAAAAAACGUUUUAAUUCAGAAAUUUUGUGUGCAUCUAUGUGGGGUGUAAAUUUAUUGAUUGGUCUUGAAACGGGUCUUUCUUUAUUAGAUCGUAGUGGUGAAGGUCGUGUUUAUUCUUUAAUUACAAGACGAAGAUUUUCAAGAAUGGCUGUUUUAGAAGGUCAGAAUAUUUUAGUUACUAUAUCUGGACGUAAAAAUCGUGUACGUGUCUACUAUUUAUCUUGGCUUCGUAGUAAAAUUAUGAAAACGGAAGGAUGUGACAAGAAGAAUGGUUGGGUUAAUGUCGGUGAAAAUUUACAAGGUGCUGUACAUUUUAAAAUUGUAAAAUAUGAAAAAAUUAAAUUUCUUGUCAUCGCAUUAAGAGAUUCUGUAGAGAUUUAUGCUUGGGCACCUCGUCCGUACCAUAAAUUUAUGGCUUUCAAAGUAAGUUUUAUUUAUAACCAAAUCGUAUUAGUAUUUCUGAUUUAACUGAGAAUAAAACAAUAUGUCAAGUAAAUCAUAACAAUAAAUGAAUUUUGUGUGAUGAUUUUGUAAUCAAACAGUGAAACGCAAAUUUUUUAGUAAACGAGGAAGGCAGUUAAUAGAGUCGUGUGUGUGUGAAGUAUAGUAGAGAAAUUCUGAAAAUAGUCGCAUCAUUGGUUUUUGGUUUGGACCCUAAUGUGAGAGAGUGACAGGAAAAUGGUUGUUACUGUAGAUAAUGUGACCUGUAAUAAACUGAAAUCAAAAUACAUUAAUCCAUUUAUUUAUUUUAUCUAAAUAAUUGAACAACUUUUAUUCAACAUACGCUUACCUUUCCACCUUCUUGUUCUGGUGUUUUUUCCAAAUAUCUUCAAGUUUUUUAAUCCUUUUUCCAGUUUUCCGUGGGUUUUUUUUCGUUUUGAGGUGUGAUGCUGUUGUGCAUAUCACUUUGCAUGUGAUAUUACAGUUGGUCGAUCAGUCAUAUAUUUCGCUCAUUAAAUAAGCUUUUAAAUUAUGUACACGUUUCCUUGUUAGCUGGGGGUCUCAUAUCACUCAUUCUGGACCCCUGUUUUCUAUAUACACUAGUAACUUUAUUAUUAGAUAUCCUGGAUUUUAGAACACAUCGCUGUAGUCUUCUGGACUAAGAAAAGCUAAUUGGUACUCAGGGCUCUCUAGUUUCCAGCAAGGAUUUGUAUUAUAUUGAUCGAUGAUGUAAGCGUAUGGUAAAGUGAAUUUGAAUUAUGAAAAUUCUAGAAUCUACACCAACCAUCCUUUACUAAUAAUAAUCAUGUGCUCACUGGUGGCUAGGUUACAGAAGUGAUCCUCACAGUUCUGGUGAGAAGCCAUGACCAAUGGAGUUCAACGUCGUCCUGUAUGAGAUAGUUAUCCACUAUCGCUAAUCUAUUCAAGUUAGACAUGUAGAUCAUUGGAUGUCGGCUCAGUGGUCUAAAGGUUAAGCGCUCGCAAACGAGAUCAAAGGCUCUGGGUUUGGUUCUAGGUAGGGUUGUGAAUGAGCACUUUUGAUGAAUAUAAUGCUAAACUGACAAAGCUAUCCAGUCGUUCCUGGCUUUCAGUAGUUGUUUAGCGAAAUUCAGUUCGUGGUUUAAAUUAUUAAAUUUCUGCUAUCUCCACAAAUCUAGUUAUAUUAAUUAAAACACAGUAAUGACUUAAUUUUCUAUGAUAUUUCAUCCUCCUUAGUGAAUACUUGCAGAAGAUUUUUUCAUAAAUUAUUGGAUACUAUGAUAGCCUUAUAUGAUAAAGUUGUGAUAGAAAAGGAAACUAAGUUCACAAAUGAGAUUACAAUGGUGAAUGUUACUUAAUUUGUAAAACAAUCUUGUAACUGAUCAUUUGAUAUAAUUGGCCAACCGAACUACGUGACCACUAUAAUAAACAUGCUUCAAUGUCAAUCCACUAAUUCACCCCAAUUAGUGUCAUGAUUUCUUGUCGAUUACAUUCACAGAAAUCGCAUAUUAUUAUUACAAGUUAAAUAUGUGUUAGAUAUUUUAUUUUAUAGGUCUAUCUUUCAUAUUUUUAUUUACCUUGUACUUAUUCUUCAUUUCUCACCAGAGAUUCUCUGAACUCAAACAUCGGCCAUUAUUGGUAGAUUUAACCGUUGAAGAGAAUACCCGUUUAAAAGUUGUAUAUGGUUCAUCUAAUGGUUUUCAUGCUAUUGACUUGGAUUCAAAUAUAGUAUUCGACUUAUAUAUGCCUUCUUUGAUUAAUUCACAUAUUACUCCUCAUUGUAUAGUAGUACUUCCUAAUACAGGCGGUAUGCAGUUACUUUUAUGUUACGACAGUAAGUUUUAUUUAUACUCAUGUAUUACUAUCGAUUUAUUAGUUCACGUUUGAUUGUACUAAAAAAGUAAAUUUUUGGGUGUUUAUAGAUUAAAUGAAAGCAAAUUGUCUGGGACUUGUCAUCCGUAUUCAUCUGUAUUCCAUGAAAUAUGGGCAUUUUCGCUAAGACUAUUUACAUAGAACACUGGAAGCCGUCAAAUUGGUUUGUGACUUCACAGUACUGCGACUACUUUUUUUUCUUCUGGAUUCCUUACUGUGACAUUUCACUGAGAACACUUUAACCUUGAAAUUAAUAGAUCUACCAACAUUUGAAUUUCCCAUAUUUUUCAAUGGUUCUUCGAUCUAUUUGUCAAGGAUAGAGACCAUUGUUAGAACAGUAAUAGCUAUAUUAAGUAAAAACUUGUAUAUAAUACAUUUUCUUGUGAUUAGCACCUUUCACAGAGUAAUAUGAACUUAUUGUAAAACCGAUUUCUUGCAUCGAUUUUCCUUUUAGCUGAAGGUGUCUAUGUGGAUACUAAUGGAAAAUUAACAAAAAAUAUCGUUAUCCAAUGGGGUGAAGUUCCAACUUGUGUAGCCUAUAUAUCUACCGGUCAAUUACUUGGUUGGGGUUUAAAAGCUAUUGAAGUUAGAUCAGCUGAAACUGGACACUUAGAUGGAGUAUUUAUGCAUAAACGUGAACAGAAAUUCAAAUUUCUUUGCGAACGUAAUGAUAAGGUAUUUUUCUCGAAUACACGGUCUGGGCCACCCCAAGUAUCUAUGAUGACCCUUAGUGGUAUACACUGGUAAUAAAUUAAUUUGACUUUCCCUGUCUACAGUUAUUCUUGAUUAUUUUUAAACUGAGAGAGUAUCACCAACAGCCGUACAAUACAGAGAAAUCAGCAUCUUAAUAUUAUUUAAGUUAACUUGUUCAAAAUUACUACGAUACUUUAAUUUAAUGUCUGACAAUGCAUUUCUAUUUGAAUGUGUUGUUGUAAUGGUAAAUGACAGUGAUUUCGAGUAAGAGGAAAUGAUAACUUUCCAACCAAUUUUUAUCGUUUUAGUCUACAGCAUCGUACAAAUAAACAAACAAAAACACUUUCUCUCCUAAUCUUAUGCAUAAUUUACAAUCUUCCAACCGACCUUUAUUUGCGCAUUUUGUUUGAAUUGUGUACAUUAUCGUUACUAAUAUUAACCCACAUGAAUGAAUGAAAUGUUCUACAUAUUUAUUAUUACUUGCCAGUAAAUCAAACAUACUCAUAGACACUAAACAAACAAUGUAUCCCAACCUGUGCUGUGUAUGUGAUGAAAGCUUAUGUUCUUUUCUUGUUCAGUACUGUUAUAUAUAUACAAAGAAUUUUAGGAAAAUUUGAUUUGUAGUUGUGAAGUGUUUUAGAAAUCUUUACUUCUAAUUGUAACAAUAACCUCAAUUCCUUCCCUCUUAUAUUGAACUCUUUUGAUAUAUCCAUCUUUCUAGGUGCAUAUAUGACCAUAUGUCCUUAACUUUAUCAGUUUUGGUUAGUGCUAUUCAUUUCCUGUUCAUAUUAUCUAGAGGUUAUUAGAAUUUGACAUAUGCGUUAUUAUUAUCAAUCAAUCAUUCGUUCAUCCACUGCUCUCAGAUAAUAAUAUGGAUAAUCUUGCUUAUCAAAUAUUCAUUUCUACUUUAAGUUUUUCAGUAUUAUUUUCAAUCCAUGAGGGAUGAUGAUAGGUUUGUUACGUACAAAUAAAUACCUAGCAUGUUUUGCUCCUUUCAAUGUUUCUUAAUAUGAACUCUUGAUAACAGUUUUCAUUUCUUUCUUUUUUUUUAAAAAAAGUUCAUGCUUAUUAUCUUAUUCGUCUCGUUUGUAUUAUUGCUAACACUCAGUAUUUAAAUGAGUUGUAUGAACAAAUUUUGUGUAUGCGAGGUAGUGUAAGAACAAAGCAAAUGAUCCACAUUUUGAAUGGAUUUCUUUGUGUAUGUUUUUCGUUGGAAGGGAUUUCGCAUCAAUCGUAAAGAAAUAAGAUCUAUUAGCUAAAAGACAUUAAAUAGGAAUAAAUAUAUUUGUAAAAUCUCAGCGA